AGCUUAAUGAAAAACGACACAAGAGUUAAAUCGUCCACAUCUACUAGCCUACUACAUGCUCACAAUCACUGAUUGGCGGAGUGAAUGAAAUGCUUUGUACAUCGAAAUUGGAGCCAACCGCUCCGAGUCUCGGCGGCUCCGCCGUUCUUCGAAACGAUGACUCCUCGCUUAUGCUCCUUCGCCGGCCUUCCUACCUGAGCCUUCCGGUCCGAUCUAGGCGUUUCGCUCUGCCCUCUGUACGCUCGGAGAACGCGGCUUCUUCAGAGCUUUCCGUUUCGUCUCGUUACACGUCGUCUGUCGGUUCGGUGUCGGCGUCAUUCGUCCAGGUGUCGCAGUGGAAUCUCACGCAGCGCCACGUUAUGAUGCUCAAUAUCAUUGCUUGCGUGGCAGCGGUUUCAGCUACGUGGCUGUUUUUCUCUGCGAUUCCGGCUCUUCUGGCUUUUAGAAGAGCGGCAGAAUCACUAGAGAAAUUGAUGGAUGUCACCAGGGAAGAGCUUCCUGAAACAAUGGCUGCUGUCAGAUUAUCUGGCAUGGAGAUCAGUGACUUAACAAUGGAGCUUAGUGAUUUGGGCCAGGAGAUUACCCAAGGUGUUAGGAGCUCAACUAGAGCUGUUCGUUUAGCUGAGGAGAGAUUGCGACAGUUAACUAACAUGACUCUGCCUAACAUUAAUCCAUCAAGUUCAGCUUCACUGCAGGAGGUAGUGAGUCAGAAUCCUGAAGCAGGUGGACCUGUAUUAGCUAGAACUGCGAGGGGCUUAAGGGAGGGCAUUGUCAAGGGUCGAAUGAUCUUGAAAAUGUUUUUCACACUGACCCAAAUUUCGAGGAUGGCCCUUAACUAUUUUGCCAGUCAUGCUAAGAAAUAGAUUCAUACCAACAAGCAUUGCGAUCAGGAUGAAAGUGUGUUCUUAUAUUAUGAGGAAGAGCAAGAGCUACAAAAUAAUGGUGUCUUGCCAUGAGAGUUGUGCUGUGUAAACACGCAAAGAGCUCUGAAAUGAGAACCCGGAAAUUACGGGCAGCAUAUCUGCCAGGAAGCACUUUUUUACUGUUUACCAAAACGUCCAUUUACAAUAUUGUUUCCCUGUGAAUAAUGGGUUGUAAAUACAACCCUUACAGGAAAGAUUAUUCUGCUGUUGAUAGAAUGACUAGAAUUGUCAUUUUAUAAAUCUCUCGCAGAAUCAAAAUCAUGGAUUUAUGGGUGUCUUUUAUUUUCGGUAGGGUUGGAUUUGAGUUAUGCUUGAGUUUCAAACUGACUCAUAAACAAUCGUUUUCGUCUUGGCUUGAAAAAGUUGAGUUUAAUGGGUUUCCCUUAAACCAAUUCAAGGUUAGUUAGGUUUGAAUAAAAUCAAAUUUGAGUUUGAUUUGAGUUCAAUGACAGUGCCAAGUUGGACUUGAUUUGGUGUUGUAUUUGAGUUAACAUCGUCAAAACGACGUUGUUUUA